AAACACAGAUAUCACAGUGAAAUUAAAGCAUGGAAAUGGGGCAUCAGAUGGCGUAUGGGACGCCCCUGCAAUCCCCGCUAGUCAGUGUGGUGGGAGAUUGCUUUUGCGUGCCUUACCUGAUAGACCUGAGUGUGAAGAAGGCGAUGAGAUGCUUGUCUGAUACUCGUGUUGAUGUUCGGGAUGUGACUGGAAAUCUCCUCUUCCAAACGCGGGGCAGCCUCUGGCAACUCAACAAGAAGCGCAUCAUGCUCGACCCUGCGGGAUUCCCUGUCGUCACGCUGCGAGAGAAGGCGCUGUCGUGCAGGCACAGGUGGACAGUCCACCGCGGGGAAAGCUCAGACGCGGGCAGCCUUCUCUACAGCGUGCAACGUUCUCAUCCGUUACAGAUGAAAACGCGUUUGGAUGUGUUCUUGCCAGGGAACGUGAGGGCAGAUGUCCCCGAUUUUCAGGUCAUCGGAUGCUACUCUUCUCAGUCAUUCAGAGUUUACAGAGGCGAAAUGGUUAUUGCAGAGGUGAGUCGUACUGACCCUAUUACAUUUCAGUACAUGUCAUCUGAGCAAAAGGUGCUUGGCCUCGGGUUCUUUUUCUUGAAACAGAACAUCAACUCUAUCUUUAUAACUACGCAGGUGAAAGACAACUUCAAACUGGGAAGCUUCUUGGCUAAAGGCCACGAAAGCUUCGGUGUAAGAGUUUAUCCCGGUGUGGACUAUGCAUUCAUCGUCUCACUUCUCGUAAUUCUUAAUGAAAAUGACAUCUUUUAAGUGGACAAGAUCGAAAACAUAUGACACCAAUCUAUUCUACAUCAAACAUAUGCAAUAAACAUGUGUCGUUUAUGUCAAUUCAGUGUAUGUCUGUAUAUCUAUAUGCUCGUGUAAUGUUUAUAGUAAUAAGAAUCGUAGUGUUUCAUAUAAAAUUCA